UUCUUCUUGAAAUAGGAUUUUAAGUUUCAAGAAAAAUUUUGCUGAUAUUUGAAAAAGGGAGCCUGUAUCAGUUUUUUCCUGCAAGAUGUUUUCAUUGCCUGAAGUUCAGAAGAGACCAAAGAAUGGCUCCUAAAGGUGAUUUGGUUAUUAUUGGCAUCUGUGUGGGUUUGGCCCUUGGCCUUUUGUUAGCUGCACUUGCGUUUUUUGGCAUAAGAUGGUACAAGAAGCGUGCUCCUCUGUGGCAUACAAAUGAACGAAGUGUUGCUUCUCAUCCUAUACGCACAAAUGGCUUGGGUACAAGCACUGAUUUGAGUGCUUCACUUUCAAGUUCCGUAGCUGUUAAGGGUCCACAAUACUCUCAGAAAAGCUCUCAGCCUUCUUGGUGGAGUCAUCACAGUAAAGACCGUUUUGUUUCUGUAUCAGGCAUACCUAGAUAUCCUUACAAGGAUAUUCAGAAAGCUACACAAAAUUUCACUACUAUACUAGGACAAGGAUCUUUUGGUCCAGUAUAUAAAGCGGCAAUGCCCACAGGAGGAGUAGCAGCUGUAAAGGUGCUUGCUUCUAAUUCAAACCAGGGAGAGAAAGAAUUCCAAACAGAGGUGUGUCUGCUUGGAAGGUUGCAUCAUAGGAAUCUUGUGAAUUUGAUAGGAUAUUGUGUAGAUAAAGGACAACACAUGCUAAUAUACGAGUUUAUGAGUAACGGGAGCUUGGAAAACCAUAUAUAUAGUGAAGAAAAAGUUCUGAGUUGGGAAGAAAGGUUUGAAAUUGUUCUUGAUAUAUCACAUGGAAUUGAGUAUCUUCAUGAAGGGGCAGUUCCACCUGUUAUACAUCGCGAUUUAAAGUCAGCUAAUAUAUUGUUAGACCACUCCAUGAGAGCUAAGGUUGCUGAUUUUGGGCUGUCAAAAGAAGAGGUCUUCGAUGGCCGAAACUCUGGUCUAAAAGGAACAUAUGGAUACAUAGAUCCAGCUUACAUUUCUACAAACAAGUUCACGAUGAAAAGUGACAUCUUCAGUUUUGGUAUUAUCAUCUUUGAGCUCAUAACAGCCAUCCAUCCACACCAAAACUUAAUGGAAUAUGUUAAUCUUGCUUGUAUGAGUCCGGAUGGCGCAGAUGAAAUUCUUGAUAAGAAACUGGUUGGAGCAUGCAAUAUUGAAGAAGUUAGAGCACUGGCAAGAAUGGCUCAGAAGUGCUUGCACAAAACUCCCAGAAAACGACCUUCGAUAGGAGAAGUUACACAGGUUAUACUGAGGAUAAAACAUCGGCGCCUUGCCAAAGAAGACACAAUGUCUUUUGUUGAUAGAGAUUCUUCCUUUUCACGAGUCGUAAGCCGGAUAGAAGGUCAACAAAUUGAGCUGAGUAAGUUGGCUGAGACGAGGGAGAGGCAUGAAGAAGUGUGAUUGGUUUUUUCAGUCUCGUUUUGAUUUAGGGUUUUAAGUUUUGACCAUCAGCCUUCCCUGGUAGUAAAUAUUUUAAAUUUCUAAAAUCUACACAAGCAUAAGUUAGUGUUAUAGAAGAACCCUGUCAUUCUGGAAAAUUUAUGAACAUAAAUCC